GUGGAGCCGUUGGCUUCCCACCUCAACCGACGACGAAGGAAGGAGAAGGAGAGAGGCUGGGUCGCUUUUCGUUUGUUCCUCCCUCCUUUCCUUCCUCCUCCUCGCCGUGGCUCCCAGGCCUCUUGCCUCCUCACGGACAGGAGACCCCCUUGGCGCCUCUUUUCUCUUUGGAUACAUAGAGUAGUCCUGGUUACGCAGGGAGUCCACCUGUCCUUGUUCCCUCCCACUUGUACUGACAAAACAAAGGAGGAGAAGACUGGAGAAACCUUAAGUGGAUUAGAUUUUGGGUUUGUUCUUAUCUUAAACUCCAGGGACUGAACCUUAUUCGUGACUCAUGAGUAUCUACUGUUUAACAACCCAGCAAUGAUCUUCUGUCCUUUCUACUUCAUCUCCCUUUUAUUCCUAAUCUGUGCAUUGUAGAUAUGCUACUUGGCAUUUAAGACCACCUUAAGGGAAAUGUAAACACUUAGCUGGUUGGGGAUCUACAUCUACAGGAUACUGGAUAUCGCCUAGUGCUACCUCUCACCAAUUCUUGUGGGAACCUUUGGGGGUGAUUCUCCAUUGGCUUCCUCCCUCUCCAUCUGUCAGGUCGUUGUUUCUUAUCUCAGGAAGACCGUGUCUCUUAAGAAUGGACAAAAUCUUGUCAUGGUUGAGGAACAUGUGUCCUCGGAAGGAAGUGGAUGAAGGAAAAUCUAUUCUACAAAAAAGCCCAAGUGCUGAGGAUAAAGCAUCAGACUAUGCCAGCAUCAAUGAAGGGGACGCUGCUGAUGUAUCUUGUGUACCUUGUGCAGGCAUGACCAGCCGGGACUUUGUCACUUGCCCUACUUGCCAGGGUACUGGGAGAAUCCCCCGAGAGCAAGAGCAGCAGUUAGUAGCCCUUAUUCCAUAUGGAGAUCAGAGACUGAAACCCAGGAGAACCAAGCUGUACGUAUCCCUUACGGUGGCCAUUUGCCUGCUGAUGACAUGUCUCAUGAUGUACUUCUUGUUCCCACGCUCCAUUGCGGUGAUCCCCUCUGGUCUCAAUGCCUCCUCCAUUGCCUUUGACAAUUACACUUCUAGCAUCACCCUCAAUAUGACUAAUAUGCUCAAUGUGACAAACAACAAUUUUUACACCGUGCAUGUGGCUCAGCUUGCUAUUGAAGUCUUGCACAAGACACUGGUGAUUGGGAAAAACACUGUGAUGACCCAGCUGGACAUCAGACCCUUGCAAAGUGCUCAGAUACAUUACAAUAUCUCCAGUAGAAUCAUGGAUAAUAACACUUACAAAAUAUGCACAUGGUCCAGAAUAAAAGUUCACAAUGUUCUACUGCACAUACAAGGUACUCUGACUUGCUCUUAUCUUUCUCACACGGAGCAGCUGUCCUUUGAAAACUACCAGUAUGUGGACUGCAGAGGUAACGCCAUCAUCCCCAGCAUGUCCUGAAUCUAUGGCUCUCUGUGGCUGCUGUGAACUCCUAGGGGAGCUGCUGCUUUUAGCCUGUGUUCUGUUCUUUUCAGUGAAAAGGCUACAGCAUAAUUUUCAGACCACCCUCGGGACUGGGGUGGGAGUAGCAGGAUGAAAGGAUCUGCAGCUUUGAUUCAGUAUUGCUAAGAUGGCAGCAUCUCUGGCAGGAUCCAGGAAUGUUAUUGACUAGUGGGAGCAGCAUAACUGCAUCCCACUAUGUAAGAGAGAAUGCACAGAAAUGAUGUGGAAAUUGCAGGAUUUUGUGAUGGAACUUGCCUACUUGGGCUGUGAUUCUUUGGCCAACUCAGAUUGUAUUGAUCUUUUAUAAAUGUUUCCUGGAGGUUUCUAGCCUGGAGCUGGAUUCAUCAGUCCUUGAAGGGCUGGAAGCUGACCUCUGAGGCCUUCUUCAUUGGUCAAAACUAGGUUUCCCCAUAUUUAAGCAGGAGGGAGGAACUUUGUUUGGACUUUGUACCUUGACUUCAGCAGGCAAGCAUUCAUCAGAGCGAAGCUGUGUUUGUAUUCCCCUCCUCCCUGGUCAAUAGGUCACCUUUUUGCAAAGGACAUGUAGGGGAGGAGAGCAGAUAUAUAUAUAGCACUGAAGUCUUAAUAAACCACCACUGUCUCCAUGUUUAAUGGCAACCUUUUAAAAAACUCUCUCUCUCUACACUCAUGCAGACAUCCACAACUCACUCACUUUUUCUCUCUCCUUUUUGAGUAAACAGAGAAGGAAAAUAACAUUGUAUUGACC